CAUCCCAGCCUCGUGGUGUGUCGACGUGUGCUGCGGGGUUCAAGUUGCUACCAUGGGUGAUUGUGUAUGUAUUAGGCCUUUGGCUACGGUUUACGCUGAAGAUAAUGAGCAAUCGGGAACGAACGUUAGUAUGCCUGCUGUUUUCCGGGUUCCGAUUCGUCCGGACCUUAUUUCGUUUGUGCACCAUCAACUGUUGAAAAAUAAACGCACCCCAUACGCUGUGUCUAAGGAAGCCGGCCACCAGACUUCAGCCGAGUCAUGGGGAACCGGUCGUGCUGUUGCCCGUAUCCCGCGUGUCCGUGGCGGAGGUACCCACCGUGCGGGCCAAGGUGCGUUCGGCAACAUGUGCCGUGGAGGCCGGAUGUUCGCCCCCACCAAGACCUGGCGCCGUUGGCACCGUCGUGUCAACGUGACCCAACGCCGUCAUGCCGCUGCAUCGGCUAUCUCGGCUUCCGGAGUCACCGCUCUGGUUAUGGCAAAGGGACACGCUAUCGAGCGCGUCAACGAGGUUCCCCUUGUUGUGUCGGACAAGGUCCAAGAGUAUAAGAAGACCAAGCAGGCCGUCGCCUUGCUCAAAUCCGUUAAGGCCUGGGACGAUGUGGAGAAGGUUUACAAGUCAAAGCGCCAAAGGCCUGGAAAGGGUAAAAAGAGGAACCGCCGUUACAAAAAGAAAUGCGGACCACUCGUCAUCUACGAGAAGGAUAACGGUAUUGUUCGUGCUUUCCGCAACAUCCCCGGUGUUGAUACCUGCGACGUAAACGCGCUGUCACUGUUCAAGCUUGCGCCCGGAGGUCACGCUGGGCGUUUUAUAGUAUGGACUGAGUCUGCCUUCCGUAAGCUAAAUGACAUCUUUGGCACAUUCACAAAGACAUCAAAGGUGAAGAAGGGUUACAAGUUGCCGCGGCCAAUGAUGACCAUCACCGAUCUGGGUCGCCUCUUCAAAUCUGAAGAGAUCCGUGGCGCGCUCCGAAGAGCCCCGAAAAAAUCGAUUAUUAUCUCGAAGAAAAACAAGCCAAACCCUUUGAAGAAGAUCCAUCUCCUGGGUCGCCUUAACCCUUACGCUUUGGUCGAGAAAAGGAAGACUAUCCUUGCUCAACAGGAGCAGAAGUCCCAGAGAGCCGAAAUUCAAAAAAAAGCGGCUCUAGAGAAGGUGGCGGCUUUGAAGAAGGUUUAUAAGCUUAUGAACGAAACGGAAAAAAAGAAGCUGAAAAGGUUGCAAAGCCCCUUCCCUAAGAACCGAGGAGCCAAAUCUAAGAAGGGAGGCAAAAAGGCUGCCGCAACCAAGAAGUAAUCGUGAAUCAUUGGUAAACCUGCAACUGCCGCCUCUUUCCAGGUCUUCAGGUUUUCAAUAAACUAAUUGAUUACACCUGUGAAUUUAAGUUGUUGUUUGUGUAGCUAUAUCAAUAGAUUACUGCUUCAAGUUCUUCCCUGAUUGAUUUUUGACAGCGUAGUAUCACAUAAACUAUAAUGCCUGUAUCAGUUACCUCUUCUAAAAAAGGACAUUAAAUUAAUAACCUCGUCAUAUUUGGAAAUAUACGAACGUAAUUGCCAUAUUGAGUUGUUGACAUCUUUUCAAUUCGUUUGAAUAGUUACCGAAGGGAGAUUGUUCAACAGGUCUUCAAACUAUGAUUAAACUGAAUAGUUGAAACUAACAUAACAUAAAACAGUUUUGUGGAAAAUCUUAGCUGAAAAAGUAAUUUUUGGAUGACUAGUAUCCUAUGUCAAUGUAUAUUCAAAACGUCGAUAUCUUUUGGCAUGCGCGCAUUGUCCGACCUUGUGAGCUUUAUUGGGCUCCAUAGACGCAAAUUCGCCACGAUACUGCCACGUACUGACGUUUGUUACGCGUAUGUGGUAUUAUUAUUAGUAAAACCAAUGCAACCUUUGUCGAAUAUACCGUGUGGCUAAAGGAAAUUUUUUGAUUCCUAAAGUUCGUCAAUUUGAUAAUUCCAUAAAAACGUACAUAUAUAUGCUUAUAAAACAUUUUCAAACGAACCAGAAAUCUUUUAUAAAUAAACGUAUAUGUACAUGAACUAUAUGAGUUCUCUUCGGUUGUUUGAAAAUGCCCGAAAGAUAGUCGCAGCUUUCACUCAUAGUUAAAAGUUGCAAAUAUUGUUUCAACUAUGAAUACGCCUAUAGCAUAAAACACUUUCAAGAUUUGACAGGGUCGAAUACUUAUAAAGUAGCAUAGUUAAGCAUGAGUAUUGUUCUUAAACAUUUUGAAAGGUCCAGCGUAUUACAAAACAAAGGUCUGGAGUAAUGUCAAUUCGAAAAUACAUAAAGCCUAUUAUAGAAGCAAAGAAAUGAGGCUGAAAAGAGAAAUGAAAAGAGGCGAACAAUGGUAUAUCUCAUGUGCAUUCAUAUAAAAAGUUAUUUUCAAGUAUUAGCAAUAGUUUUAUGAUCAUCUAUUUGAUGGCCGCAGAUUGAUUGAACAUCAGUGACAUCAGUAUAAUGCAUAGUCGGGCAAUUUUAAAGUCGAUGAUGUAUUUUUGGAAAAAUUUGUGCAACAAAAAAUCAGGGAAUAAAUAUCGAUUACUGAUAUUGGUUAAGCCGCAUAUGAUAUUGAGAAAUUGACUCAUCGAAAGGAAACAUCUACAGGAAAGAUAAGGUUUGGUAAAGUAUGAUAAAGCCUGCACUAUCUGACCUCUA